AUUCUCAAAAGCUCAAUCGCUAUCCUAGGAUAUAAGCUGCUGAAAACAAUGAACCAAUUAGUCAGGCGAAAAUUCUUUACAAAACACUUAACAGGGGUCAAUGAGAAAUAGUUUAAUAUCAUUAUCAUUAAAAUACCUCAUAUUUAUCUGCCUUUUUGUGUAUGAACCGAGUUGUUAUCUUAAAUAGCUCUGGUGCUUAAGGUGCUUGUAACUGUUUAUGAAAAGAUAUUUAUGUUCUCAAGAGGUGUAAAAUGCUCGUAAGAUCUUUGAGGAUUAAGUAAUGCUUCCUUUAAUGAAUCUAGCUGAUACUCCAAUUCAAAAUGGCAGGAUGGAAUGUCUUAGCCAAAUGUUAUCGAAAAGUGAAGGAUUUGGAAUGAGUGGAAACAAGGACUGGUUUGAUUCCGGAGAGAAGACAAUAAGUGAAAUAUGUCAAUAUGGGCUACUUGAUGAUAUCAAGAAAUUUCACGAAGAAGAUGAACACUUACUAAAAGAACCUGAUGAAAUUGGAUGGACGGCUUUGCAUUACGCUAGUCGAUAUAAUCAACGUGAGAUUAUAGAGUUUCUUGUCAAAACAAGUAAUGCUGACGUAAACACAGUCACAGAUGACGAUGUCACACCAUUGCAUUUAGCAGUAAGCCACAACUGUCACGAGGCGGUACGUUGUCUCCUUGACAACGGUGCUGACGCAAGCAUGAAGAACAACAACGGAGAAAGCGCGAUACACUUAGUUGGUAAACGGGGUGACAAAGAAUUGAUCACGUUGUUGCUAAGUGAUCAUCAGACUGAUCUACAAUGUCUGGACAAGAAUCACCGUACAGCGCUGCACCACGCAUGUUUCCAUGGAAACACGAUCACGUGUGAAACAUUGCUAAACCAGGGCGCGGAACUGGAAGCACAGACAAUCGAAGGACUGACACCACUUCAUGUUGCUAUCAUCGGAGGACACGAGGAGAUUGUUAAACUGCUGAUCAAACGAGCAAAAGAACGCAAUAUUAAGGUAGAGAAUUACGUGAAUAUCUCUGACAAGAAUGGCACAAAGCCAUUGCAUCUGUGUGCAAGAGGCGGUCUCCUUAAAAUCAUGGAGGUUUUAUUGCGUCACGAUGCUGACGUCAACGCACAAAGGAUCCUGUCAGGGAGAGGGUACUCGGCAUUACAUCUUGCUGCUGCUGGAGGUGAUCUUAAGAUGUGUCGAAUAUUGUUGAACUAUAAUGCUGAAUUGGAUAUCAGGGAUUAUGAUGGAUGUACACCGUUGCAUAGGUACAAUGCCAUACAAUUUAUUGUACUUGUACACUUACGCAGUAGCAUUUCCUCUUACAGAGCAGCUGCAAGGAACCACGAGCCCAUAGUGACGUUUCUGUUGAGUAAAGGAGCUGCGUUAACCCUCAUUGAUAAAAACGGAAUCACAUGCUUCCUUCACGCUGUUCAAGAAGGCUACACUUUGUUGGCUGAAUUGAUUUUAAAACGAGAUCAAAGUCAGAUCUACCAACGUACGAAGAAAUCACGUUGUUGUGUUCAUCUGGCGGUGAUCAGCAGACACAAACCAUUGCUCAUGAUGCUGUUAAGAAACGGAGGUUCAAAAUACACCAACGCAAUUGACUAUAACAACAGGACUCCGCUUCACUAUGCUGCUGCUCUAGGAGAUUCUGAGGUCAUCCGUAUCCUUCUGCAACACGGCAGUAAUCCUGAUACACUUGACAUUCAUUCCCAAACUCCUCUCCAUCUUGCGUGCAAGGCUGACAACCUGAAAUGUGUCAAGAUGAUCCUGGACCAAUCGAUGAUCAGUUUAAAUAUCGUCGAUGAUACGGGGAAUACAGCUCUUCAUAAUGCUUGCAAAUGUGGAAACACACUCGUCACAAGCUAUCUUCUUAAACAAGGGGCAGAUGUCUCUUUCGCAAAUGUAAACGGUGACACAGCCUUGCAUUGCGCUGUAAGAUCAGGCUGUCUCGGAGUCUGUGCCUCGUUGUUGGACUACUGCGCAUCAUGCGACACUGUCAAUGGAGAUAGAGAGACAUCACUACACGAGGCAGCAAAAGGGGAUAAUGCAGAUAUCGUGGUGUUGUUGCUGGAUAAGAAAGCUAAUGCAACAGUGAAAAACAAACGAGAGAAAACAUUCUUAGAUCUUGCUAUUGAUAAUGCACACGAUGAGGUGCUAGAAGCCAUCAUGAAUCAUCACAGUGUAACCAAAAGCCAAGAUAUUUCCAAAAGAACCGAAACCAUUUCAAAGAUUCUCCACGCUCAUCCAAGUGUUGCAAUCGCCCUUCUUGACAGAGGCAUCACACUCUCAGAACACAGCCACAGCGAUAUAGAAUUUCAAAUCAGCUACGAUUUCCGAGACCUUGAUCCAGGCCCACGCGCGGGACAGCGAAGAUUCGCCACACUGAAGUCGCUAGUCAAAGAUCGUCAGGAGAAAAUUCUCUCUCAUCCGCUGGUCAGGAAGAUGUUGUCGCACAAAUGGAACAAAUUCGGUCGUAACAUUUAUCUUGUUGGUUUGUUAACAUUUAUUGUAUUUCAUUUCUGUCUGUGUUAUCUUACGAUUACCGAGCGACAAUACGCGAUGUUUCACGACAACACCACGAAAUAUGCUGAAGAUGUGGCGUCGCAUAAAGAUCGGAGUAUCGGUUUGAUCACGUUUCUUUUCAUCAUGGCAAUGCUCUUUAUUCUUAAAGAGAUCUUUCAGAUGUUCUUGCGCGGUUUAAGGGAUAUUGAUAUCCAUUUGCGUUCUUUUCUUAGGUACUUUACAAACUACGAGAACUUGGUGGAACUUGCGUAUUACUUCCUAACCAUGCUUUUCAUCACACCCUAUAUCUACAUUCAAUCAGACACGAAGAAUGAUAUUCCUGACAUUGUCAUAAGUGGUCAGAACUGGGUGUUCGGUAUUUUGGCUGUCUUUUUGGGAUGGCUUGACUUUGUUCUUUAUCUUCGCAGUUAUAUGUUUCCAACGCUAGGACUUUACAUCACAAUGUUCUUUGAGAUUCUAAAGACAUUCACUCGGAUUUUUUCGGUCAUAUUCUUGUUCCUCCUGGGAUACGCCUGUGUGUUUUACAUCAUCUUUCCAAAGCAGGAGACCUUCUCGAAUGUUGGCAUAGCUCUAAUCACGAGCACUGUGAUGAUGAUUGGUGAGAUUGGAUACAGGGAGACCUUAAUUGAUACAUCUGGCAGCACUUUGCUACCAUUUCCUGUAUUAAGUUUCACCGUCUUCACCAUCUUUGUCAUUACCAUGGCAAUAUUACUAGCUAACCUCUUGAUUGGUCUGGCUGUCGGAGAUAUUGACGGGGUGCAGAGUAACGCAAAUAUGAGUUUAAUAGCGAUGUUAGUAGAUUAUGUGACAGAGAUUGAAGAGAAAUUACCAAUGUUCAUCCAGAAACGACUGUACAAGUCACGACUGGUGGAGAGACCUAACGUACCUUUACCAAGGAAAGUUAGUUUUCUCAAGAGAUUGUUGUGGGAGCUCACAGGUGACCCAGGCUGUCAAUCCGAACACGCAGUUCACGAGUUAUUAAGAAAUCGUUUCCAUAAAGCCAAGUUUGAAGAUUCCCAAAAGAUCUCUCGUAUUGAAGCGAAACUGCAUGAACAACAGCGCACCAUUAAACAACUCAAGAAGUUGGCGCAGUCUCAGACGAAGCUAUUACAAGGCCUGACAGCGAACCUCGGUUUGGAGCAAGAGCAAAGCCCGACGAUUAUCGAUGGACUGAGUACAGAAUAUGGAUACCGCAGUAGAUACACAUGGCUGCACUGAACUUCAAUACCUUUCUUAUAACGCGAAGAAUAUUGAUGUUACACAAAGUUUAAUUAGCUUCACGAUACUAACGAGUGUAAUGACAGACUUUUCACACUCCGCCUCAUUAUGAGAAAUUUCCAUUAAGAUUGAAUGGACAAAUGUUGAAUAAUGACAGAGCAAUGUGCUAGCUACAAAAAGUUAAUCACGAAUCACUGAUCCCUGGUUUUACGAUCAGACAAAACAUCAUCUUUGAUUAGCAAAAACAUUGACGUAAUGAAACAGACAAAUUAUAAACCAACUCUAAUAUGUACACAAAGAUAAAAGCGUUAUCGUCCAUUUUAUGUUUCCUUAUCACAUCUAUAACCCAUGGUUCACACGUUGAAUGUUUUGAGGAAUAACUUUAACGCUAAUGAUAGCAAUUAUGACAAGAGACAAUUUAGAUAUGUAUAAAUAUAUCUGAAGAUAAUCAAUAAUUCAUACAGCACGUUUCCUCAUCUGUCGUGAAGUAUUUACCUAAACGAAAAUCACUUUCUUGCAGGUGCCCGUUGCUAGCGAAGAUUUCAUACGAACUUCAACCAAAAUUGUUGCCAUAGGGAUUUAUCUAUGGAUCUACGUUAAACAAAGUGUUUUCUUCCAUUCUCGACAAAAAUGAGCUGCGUUUUCUGUCUGCCAGCCUAAAUUAAUCCGCUAACGUUAAU